AUGGUGGCCUUGUCACAACUUUCUUCAAGGCUCUCCUUUCUCUUACUUUUUCCUAUCUUUCUAAUCUUGAUUGAACCUUGUUACUCGGYGGAAAGAAAGAUAACAAAGACAGAAUAUACAUGUUCAAGUUCAAACUUCAAGGACCAAAACAUAUCAAUUUUUUAUGUGAAAGCUGAAGACACCAGACAAAAGAAUACAGUUCAGUUCAUUUGGAGUGUGUUUGAAACGCCAUCAAUCAUUGUUGCAUAUACAUCCAAGAAAGAAUAUGGCAAAGAMUCUGGUCUUAAUAUUGACUGUUCAAAACUUCUGCAAGGCUCCGAGGGUGCUAUACAAUUCCAACUGAAAUAUGAUUAUAUCGUAGCRUUUGAGAUAUCAGAGCUACAUGAAUUUAAUGACCCAGAUGAUAAUGUUAUUUUUUCAAAAAGUGACUUUGAUGGUUAUGUGCACAAAAUGAAUAACACAUACUGGAAAAAUCCACAAGAGGAAAAAGAUAAUGUUAUCUUUGUUGGAGACUUUCUAAAUGGGAGCAUUUCAUUUCAGUGUCUAGCAGCAACGAAUGAUGGCAGAGAUGAGGUAGCACCCAAACAAUUAUACUCCAGUAACAGCACACGUUUCACUAUCUCACUAAAAAACCUUAAGUUGAACACUACCCACACACGCRUUGCUUUAAAACUGCUGACACACACGAGAAAAGAGGAAGACAAAACCUGUGUUAUGGAAGAUCAGUCUAUUGACGAUGAAUAUUCACCAGGGGUGUUUAGAACAUUUGUAAUCAAUAACACUGUAUUGAAUGCCGACGGACUCUCUUCCUCCAUAUCCUGGAAACCAGUCUCGUACAACRACGAACCAAGAAAACUGCUGUAUCAAGUCCCUUCAUACCAAUACCUCUAUGACAGUAAUAACGAAUAUCCCCAUUCAAAAGUUGAUGGUAGUUGCAAGAAAUCGCUCAUUUCUAGUUUGGAAGAUCGUCCAUCCAAAGUUAUUAGAGCUGCAAUGAAUGUUGGAAAAACGUAUCCAAUGAUGGUAUCRUUUGGGCAGAAUAAGGAUGGAUGGUAUGAAAAAUCAGAAGAUUUGAUCUGGUCUGGUCAAGUUGGAUAUGGAAAACCUCAGUUUGAYAAAAUUUCUUCUACUGUAUUCAUAGCUAUCAUUGUUGGUCUUGGAUUACCAUUUGCCUUUAUCUUCGCUGGGAGUAUUUAUAUCUGUGUGAAAAAAUAUAGGAAGCGAAUGACGACAUCAACAUAUGAAAAAAUCAACUGAAUAUAUUAAUUAGUUUUUCAUAUGUUUUGAAUGAAUUUUUUUUAUUAUAACAGAUUAUUAUGUGAACAUAAUGAAUGCUGGGACAUAUAAUUAUAUGUAAGUGCCAAACCAUGCAUUCAGCCUUACUUGCACAUGUUAUGAAGGCACAAAUGCAUGAUCUCUGAGAACGUGUGCAAAGGAUURUCGAAGUAGAUCAGGUGGUCCUAAUUUCAGUUAUUUCUCGGCAAAUAAAGAGGUAUAAUUUAAUGUUAUUUGCAUCAAAGAAUUGAAAUCACAAUGCACCAUUUGACCCACAGGUAGUUGUUACAAGUAUAGGUAGAAUCUAAGUGCAUUGUUUGUCCAUAAAGUAGCUAGGAAAGCAAAGAUUUUCAGUAUCUUAUGCUGAUUAGAAUAAAUGGACCACUUGGUCAGAUUUCUUMUUGCACGCUCAUUGUUUGGUUUUAGAUGGGCCAUCAAAACGAGAUCACCUGGCUCAUCAUUGCACUAAUCCAUUUGUGCUUGCAUUGCACCUCAUCUUUUUUGAUAUUGAAAUACAGUUGCAUUCAGUGCAGUAAUACAGAACUAUGACAAAGAUGAUAAUAGCAAAUUAUUACAGAAAUAAUGAUAAGAGAGAAGGGGACUAUGACUUCUUUAACUUGGAUGUAAUUUUUUCCUGUUUUAGACCAUGUGUCAUUCCCUUGAGAAUAAUUCUGUYGUUUACUGAUAAUCUUUAGGAGGAUACAUCAAAAGGAAUGAGUCUCAAACAAAGAAUCUUAGUCUUAAGAGAAUGACACAUGCCUGGUCUAUAAAGGGAAAACAUUGGAAA